CAGCUUUACAGAAACUGCAGUUGUACAGUAAUAUGCUGUUUAUAAUAAAAUGCUAUUUAAUAGCAGUUUCGAGUGUGACAAUUUACCCCAUACAGUGUGACACACUAUUGGAUGUAACAAAUGAACAGCAUCCCAGACAGCACACAUACAUCUGCAAGAUAUCUGUUAAAGAUCUCUUGAUCUGGAAAGCAUCUGCAUGUACAAACGUAUGACAGACAUCUUUCAGAUGUCAGUUUUACAUACAUUCUAAAUCAUAAACAUCUUAAAGACAUCUAACAUACGUAUAUAUUUGGCGAAAUGUCCAAUAGACAUAUUGCAGAUGAACAAACACUCUAAAAUAUAGGUCUUGCAGAUGUAAAUGCAGACAUCAAAUAGACGUCUCUGUGAUGCACCUGUGCUAUCAGGGGUGUGUUCGAUUCCUCUUUUUGCAGUAUUCCCACACAUUUUGACCAAUAUAUUUCCAUGACUUUUACAGUCAUUAAGAUUUUAAAUAAUAUAGAUUUUAACCCAAUUAAUAUACUAAUAUAACUAAAUGUAUAUUGUCUCAAGAAUGUCUGUGAAUCAUUUUAUAGGCUUGAAUUCACAGCUUUAAAACUCCCUGAGAUCUGCAGGUUUUCCAUGACCUUUAAAGAACGUCCAUGGAUAGCUUUUUGUAGCCAAGCCUGUAAGGUAUGUGCCUGUGAAGAAAUUCACUUUCAAAAAUAGUCGUACCAUGAUAUCAAAAUAUUUCCCCUAUCAAAUCCAUUUGACAGAGAAUCUGAUGAACUUAUCAACUUGAUCAACCUAGAAAAGCUGAUGCGUUUUCCCUCCUGCAUCCCUGCGGCUCCAGGUGCAGAGUCCCGCCCCUCAUUUCUGCAAUGUGACGCUAGGCUCACUCAGCGCUCCACAGUCUUGCCUGGUCACCGGGAAAAAGCGUUUGGAAGGAGGCUUCAGUAGUCAUCCAGUCCGGUGUGCGCAUGCGCGGCGCUGCAGCGGCGUUUCCGCGUUGAGUGGCGAGCAGAAGGGAUCGAGCGAGAGAGAGAGAGAGAGAGUGGGAGAGAGAGGAUAGAGGGAAUUUGAGACGCAGCGGGACGCCGAGUCAGAAUAAACGGACACCCCACAAACGCUAAUAAAAAGCAAAACAAAUCAACGUUCCCAACCCAAGCCUUUAGCCAUGGAGGACACGGUGAAAAACACUUUUAAAAUGUGAGGUUUAAAGAGACGUGCUGCAGAAACGAGCGAGAGCGGCUUUCCCCCUCAUCAUCCACGGCUGAUCUCGACUCGGGUGCUCCCGUCCCCCUCCGCCACUCGCACCGGGGGGAAAAUGAAGAAGUUUAAUAUCCGUAAGGUGCUGGACGGCUUGACGGCCGUGUCGUCCCCUUCUCCAUCCCCGCAGCUCGGGGCCAAGGAGAACGAGCUCAUCCCGGAGACGCUCCAGUCUGAACACUUCCAGCUCUGCAAGACUGUGCGCCAUGGCUUCCCCUAUCAGCCCUCCUCUAUGGCAUUCGACCCCGUCCAGAAAAUCCUUGCCAUCGGGACUCAGAGUGGCGCUUUGCGAUUAUUCGGCCGACCCGGUGUGGAGUGUUACUGUCAGCACGAGAGUGGAGCAGCCGUCAUCCAGCUGCAGUUUCUCAUAAAUGAAGGGGCGCUGGUUAGUGCUUUGGCUGAUGACAGUAUUCAUCUGUGGAACCUGCGACAGAAGAGACCAGCUGUGCUGCACUCACUCAAGUUCAACAAGGAGAGGAUAACGUUCUGUCAUCUGCCCUUCCAAAGUAAAUGGCUGUACAUCGGCUCGGAACGAGGAAACAUCCACAUUGUGAAUGUGGAGUCCUUUACGCUCUCAGGAUAUACCAUCAUGUGGAACAAAGCCAUUGAACUGUCCUCCAAGGCCCACCCUGGCCCAGUUGUUCACAUUAGUGACAAUCCUAUGGAUGAGGGCAAGCUCAUAAUAGGAUUUGAGGCUGGGAUCGUAGUGCUGUGGGAUUUGAAAUCAAAGAGAGCUGACUACCGGUACACUUACGACGAGGCGAUCCAUUCUGUGGCCUGGCAUCACGAGGGGAAGCAGUUUAUCUGUAGUCACUCAGACGGCACACUGACCAUAUGGAAUAUAAAGUCCCCAGCCAAGCCCGCACAGACAAUCACGCCACACGGAAAGCAGCCUAAAGAUGGAAAAAAGCCAGAGCCUUGCAAACCCAUUCUUAAAGUAGAGUACAAGACCACAAGAGCAGGGGAUCCGUUUAUGAUCUUCUCUGGUGGUUUGUCGUAUGACACCGUUGGUCGACGGCCAUGCUUGACAGUAAUGCACGGAAAGAGCACGGCAGUACUGGAGAUGGAUUAUCCCAUUGUAGAUUUCCUCACCCUGUGUGAAACGCCAUAUCCUAACGAUUUUCAGGAACCAUAUGCUGUAGUGGUCCUCCUCGAAAAGGAUUUAGUUGUUAUUGACCUUGCACAAAACGGUUACCCUAUCUUUGAAAAUCCAUAUCCCAUGAUGAUUCAUGAGUCUCCUGUGACGUGUUGUGAGUACUUAGCCGAUUGUCCUGUGGACCUCAUACCUGCACUUUACUCUGUCGGGUCUCGCCAGAAACGACAGGGCUACAGCAAAAAGGAAUGGCCUAUCAGUGGCGGAAACUGGGGCCUGGGCACACAAAGCUACCCUGAAAUAAUAAUAACUGGGCAUGCAGAUGGUUCAGUGAAGUUCUGGGAUGCUUCAGCAAUAAUGCUCCAGGUGCUGUACAAGCUGAAGACAGCUAAGGUGUUUGAAAAGGCACGCUGUAAGGACGAGAAACCCAGCACAGAGAUUGUGGACGAGGACCCGUUCGCCAUUCAGUUGAUGUCUUGGUGUCCCGAGAGCCGCAUGCUUUGCGUGGCUGGUGUCUCUGCCCAUGUCAUCAUAUACAGGUUCAGCAAACAGGAAAUCACCACAGAAGUUGUGCAGUUACUGGAGGUCAGGUUACAGUAUGAGCUGAAUGAUCUGGAGUCUCCGGAAGGGGGAGGAGAUCAGACACCAGCUCCUCCCACACCAAGCACCUCCCCCAGUCCACAAACCACCGCUCCUCAGACACACACCUCCACUAGCAGCAACUCAUCAGAUGGGAUUCGAGACAACAUACCCUGCCUCAAGGUGCGCAGCAGUCCUCUGAAGCAGUCUCCAGGGUAUCAGGUGGAGCUGGUGGUACAGCUGGUGUGGGUCAGUGGAGAGCCGCCCCAGCAGAUCAGCAGCUUGGCCAUCAACUCCUCCUAUGGCUUGGUGGUGUUUGGCAAUAGCAACGGUCUGGCAGUAGUGGAUUACUUACAGAAGACUGUUCUGUUGAAUCUUGGAACUGUGGAAUUGUACGGCACUAAUGACCCGUAUCAGAGACAACCGCGAUCUCCCCGCAAGAGCCGACAGCCUUCUGGAGGGCUUUGUGACAUUAAUGAGGGCUCAGCCACCUCAGAGGAUCGCUGCAAAUCCCCCACCUCAGUCUUGAUGUCAAACCAUCAGCAAUUCUACAAUGGAGGAGGGAGAGGAGCAAAGAUGUCACGGAAAUUAAGCUUGCCUACUGAGCUAAAGCCAGACUUGGUCCUACUCUCUGUAUGUCCCCCGCGGGGUUCCAUACCCCUAGACAACAGGGACAACUCCUUCAGCCGCUCACGGAGCUCCAGUGUGACCAGUAUCGACAAGGAAGCACGAGAGGCCAUCACAUCUUUCUAUUUCUGUGAGACGUACAACCGCAAAGCAGAUGGCGGACUUACACCUAGUCUGUGGGUUGGCACAUCUUUGGGUACAAUCUUGGCAAUCUCCCUCAACAUGCCCCCUGCUGGAGAGCAGAGGCUUCUGCAGCCAGUCAUUGUCUCCCCUUGUGGUACUCUUGUCAGGUUGAAGGGUAGCAUCCUCCGGAUGGCGUUCCUAGAUUCUACAGGGUCUUUCCUCCCUUCUGCUUUUGAGCCAUGGUACGAACCCAACGCUCCAGCCAAUGGAGAGGAGCGGGACAAGGUCCGUAAGAGACGGCCGGUGUCUGUCUCCCCAUCCACAUCCCAGGAACUGAGUGAAAACCAGUAUGCUGUGGUAUGCUCUGAGAAACAGGCCAAAGUCAUAUCCCUGCCCUCUCAGACCUGCGUAUUUAAACACAACAUCACCGAAACAUCUUUUGUGCUGCGGGCAGAUGUGGUACAGAUUAACACUGGCAUUUGUGUGGCCUGCUUCUGUGCCAAUGGACACAUCAUGACCCUCAGUCUGCCAGGGUUGAGACCACUGCUGGAUGUAAAUUACCUACCCCUGACAGAUAUGCGGAUAGCCAGAACGUUCUGCUUCACCAACCUCGGCCAGGCUUUGUACCUGACUUCCCCUACUGAGAUCCAAAGGAUCACCUACAGCCAGGAGGUCUGCGAGAACUUGCAGGAGAUGCUAGGUGAGCUGUUUACUCCAGUGGAGACGCCUGAGGCUCCUAACAGAGGAUUCUUUAAGGGACUGUUUGGAGGAGGAGCACAGUCUCUAGACAGAGAAGAGCUCUUCGGCGAGUCAGGAGCCGGAAAAGCACCACGCAGUCUCGCUCAGCACAUUCCAGGUCCUGGGGGUAUAGAAGGCAUGAAGGGGGCAGCGUCAGGCAUCGUGGGUGAUUUAGCUCGAGCUCGGAUAGCGUUGGAUGAGAGAGGGCAAAAACUGAGCGAGGUGGAAGAGCGGACGGCAGCCAUGAUGGCCAGUGCUGACGCAUUCUCCAAACACGCUCAUGAGAUGAUGCUAAAGUGUAAGGAUAAAAAAUGGUACCAGUUCUGAUCUCCGCAAAACAGCAGAGCCCAAAGGGACUCAGGAGUUCUCCUACACAGCCUUGUUCAUCCGUAAUCCUUCUCCCACUCCCGUCUUUAUCUCUCCUCUGCUGGACCAGUGGGAUCCCUCGCUCUUUCCUAGCACAAUAUUAAAUACAGUCUGCUUACAGAACUGCGCCACAGACUGAGAGCGGCCCCAAUCUGAGGAAUACCAUACCACGAUGGCGUCCACUCUUCGGUUUUUGUUUGUUCGUUUAAUAUCGCCAAUCCUCUCUCUCAUGGCGGCUGGGCUUUGCACGCCCUGAAAUUCCGUUCUUCUCUCAGUCUUUGAAUUGUUUUGUGCUGUUGUUUUUUUGCAAUCACGUCCUGCCUCCCACAUCGGAGAGCAGCAAGUAGUCAAAAAAAAAAAGACAGACUAAACAAAAAAUACAAUAACUAAACAACAAACAUGAUAAAAAGCUAAAAAAAAAGAGUAUAUAUACAUAACUCUAUAUAAAUCUUCAUUGAAGUCUGUAAAAAUGCCAUAUUCGCUAUUGACUGUCACAAAGAAAACUGAAAUACGAAGACACCAGGUGAAGCACGGGAAGAGCUCCGUUCACAGGAAAUGAUGUCAUAACGUGGAGGAGUCAAACCUUUCAGAAAACGAGAGAACAUCUGUCUCCCUUCUACAAAAAUGUACUAAAUUCCCCCUUUUGGUUUAAUUACCAUCUGAAUAUUUAUUUAUUUAUUUUUAUUUAUUUAUUUAACUAGAAAUAAUUUGUAAAAUCAACUGUAAAUGUCUAAUUAAAUAUAAAAUGCUUUUUGGGUGAUAUUUUUACGGAAUUAUUGUGAAUAUCACUACAAUAAUGCUUUACGUUAAAGUACCAUCUAGAGGGUUUACAACAAGACGACAUGAAAUGACAGAUCUAUGUGGUAAACGAAUGAAUUACUAUUUAUAAACCAACUGUGAGUGAUUUAAUGAUGGUAUUUUCAUGUGAUACAUUAUACAGAUGUUUCUAUAAAACUCCGCACAGAAAAUAUCUGGUCUGGACCGAGUUGAGAAAGAAAGCAGGUACAUUUAAGGUUUAAAGUUAUCCAUGUUUUGUUGGGUAGACAGCCAUAUAGACCUCAACAGCUAGAACAUUUGUUGUGACUGAAAAUUUCAUCAGUUUCUUCGGCGUUAACUCUGGGAUUUGAUUUUGUCCAUUGGACCCGCUUUCUCAUUCCUGCAUACUGCAUAGAUUUAAUAGCUAUAGCUACAUGUAGAGAUUGUACUUUAGUAAAUAUUUUGGUCCACACUUCAUAUGUUUAAUAAAAAGCACUUACUGUACUGUCGGAAAACGGCUGUUUUCAUAUCUGGAAAUUUGGACCGGUUUUCCCGCUCUGAUAUUUGGUGACGAAGCGUGAAAUAGAGCGGAAGGCUUUCAGUGACUUGGAAACAAUAUUCAUUGUAGUUCUGAAUGUCAGGAUAACUUGUUUCUAUCUGGUUUCACACUGGUGCUUCAUGUGUGAACGUUCUUCGAGAUCAUCCUCAUCUGUGAAAACGCCAACAAUGAGUGUUCGUUGUACAUUCAAAACCAUAAAACUAAACUUUAGUAAUACAAAAAACGUACGGCAAAUGUCUUUCUUGUCCCAUUUCUCCCUUGAAACCACAUUUUAGUGCCAUUAUAUUUAUUUGUGGUUUGCAAGAAAUGCUGCUAUACAUGUUGCAUUGAUCCCGUGACCCAUUGUCGUUCCACACACUGAUUUUUCUCUCGCCUCUCUGCCCAAAGUUUUUUGCCAUUCUGUGAAUGAAGCAGUAGUUCGACAAUCUGGGAGCAUAAAUUGCGAGUGGUCCUGGCCAUACUGACCCUAAGACAGUUGCCAUAUCUUUUCAAACGCCAAAGAUUUUCUUUCAUUGAGUUCUGUAUUCCAUUGACUGUGUUCGACAGCUGUUUGUGUCUGAGGUACCACUGCAUAUUCCACCAGUAACAGUGUUAAGGACUUUUCUGAUGUUUUUGGCUGUGUGCUAGUCGUGUGUUUCGUAUGCCGUACUUCAAACAAAGAAAAACGGGGGUUGGGGGGUGAAGAACUACAAAACAAAACAAAGCCAAUCUCUCUCAGACUCUAAAUGUUUCUCUGUGUUGGACUCUAUAUUCUCUGUAGAUGUGUUUUCAUGCCAUGGUGUUAUAGUGUUUUCUGAAGACCGGGUUUGUUUUUGAAUAUCUCGCUCGUAUGUCAUCUCUCCUGAUUGAAUUAUAUUUGUACGAUGUGUAUUUUUCUCCGCAGUACUGUAUUUCCCUCAAUAGAUAUCCUUGUCAUAUUUUUAAUCAUCGAUUAUUAAAAAAUUAUUUUUAUAUAUGCUUUGAGGAGGACGAAUUUUGAGCUCACUGCGCUCUGUUACUUGUCUUCAUAUCUUUGUUUUCUGUUGUGUGGUCUGUUCAUGCCAUCCUUGACACAACAGGGUGAUUUUUGAAUUUUGAACAUGAGUGAGUGAGCGUUUCCUUGAAAUUCAUGCCAUACAUUUAAUUAUGUGUGUUCCGAAAAUACAUUUUAGGCCCAAACAUGGUUGGCAUUUACAUUUCUCAAAACCAAAAAUUAUUUUCCAAGAUGUUGCCAAGAUGAUUCCAGGAAAUCUUUGAUGUCCUAAGUUUUUUUUUCAUUGUCAAUCGAUAAAGUAUCCAAUCAGCCGUGUUGAACUGUAAUGCUGUAAAUGUCAGUAAUAAGUGUUCUAACUCCAGCAGAAUUUAUUGAUCGCACCUUCGGUUCAUUCAUGUCUGUUUCAGAGAGGUUUCAGACUCACUCUUGAUGUGAACCUGGUUGUUUGCCCUUUGUAAUCUUUCAUGACUAAGGAGAAAAAAGGUUCUUGGUUGCUUUCUUGGCUUUUAUUUAUUCAUUUUGUAAUGUUUCAUGUUGACUUUAAGUGAGUUGUUUCAUUUGUCUCAGACAGAACAUUCUAACCUGAAAUAUUACACUUUUAACAUGCAGAAGAGCCUCAUUCAUUUUCCGUCCUGAAUAUAACGGUUAUCAGUGGGUUGCAGUAUUUUCUCAUUGUAGCCAAUUUCUUGUACAGUUUUAUGCAAAUUUCACAUGGAUGUUUAUGACUAUCUGCUGCCACAAACAAUUUAGAAUUUCUGUAGAUAGAAAUUACUGUGCAAUGGAAAAUAAAACGAUUCAAAAAUC